AUGAAUUCAAAAGUUAUCUAUCGCUUUGUGCAAGACCGCUAUGCAGGAGUCGCAAGCCAGACCAAAAUUUCGUAUAAAGAAGGAGACUAUGAACGCAAUGUCGCAAAGGCUUUUGGAUAUGACUUGGAGGAUUUGCGUUCUAUUCCAGAAACAGCGAAUCUGGGUGUCAGCUGUGGGAACCCAUUGGCAUUGGCAAACAUAAAAGAGGGCGAGGUUGUGAUUGAUCUAGGUAGUGGGGGAGGUAUUGACGUGUUACUAGCCGCAAAGAAGGUCGGAGCGGAAGAAAAGGCUAUUGGUAUUGACAUGACCAAGGACAUGCUAGACUUAGCACGUCAGAACGCCAGGAAAGCAGGUGUAUCCAACGCAUCCUUUAUCGAAGCAUUUAUUACCUCUUUUCCGUUGCCACCUUCGACUGCUGAUUGCAUAGUCAGUAACUGUGUUGUGAAUCUGGUGCCGGAAGUCGAAAAGCCUCUUGUCUUCCAGGAGAUGUUUCGUCUGCUGAAGCCGGGAGGCAGGGUCGCAAUUAGCGAUAUACUAGCAAAACAGGAGCUUCCGAUGGAUAUCAAGACGGACCUUUCCUUGUAUGUCGGAUGCAUCGCUGGUGCUAGCCAGGUCUGCGACUAUGAGAGAUACCUGAAAGGAGCUGGGUUUGAAGAUAUGUUGAUAUUGAACACCCGAGGUGAUCUCAAUCUGUACAAGGGAAUUUGGCAGAGGGAAGAAGGCAAUGGAAUAGGUUCUACUGGCUCGUGUUGCAACCGGGUGGAACCAAGUACAAGCGCGAAACAAAUGUCUGAUGUGGACUUUAACUUCUGGGCUGGCUCCUUCAAGAUCUUUGCCAUCAAGCCCGAUCUUCAUGAUUAA